ACACAGUAAAAUAGCAAUGGAGGGCAAAGAAACUAGGAGAUUACAACGGCAAGAAGAAGGACCGCCGCCAGGAUGGCAACCUAUCCCUCCACAACCUCCUCUUCAACCGCAGCCUUCAUCCGAAAUGGCUCAAAUGGUUUGUGGCUCUUGUCGACAAUUGCUUUCAUAUCCACGAGGAACCCAGCAAGCUAAAUGUUCAUGUUGCGAAACAAUCAAUUUUAUACUUGAAGCUCAUCAGGUUGGACUGGUUAAGUGUGGCAGUUGUGCAGUGUUGUUGAUGUACCCUUAUGGAGCUCCAUCAGUCAAAUGCUCCUCUUGCCUUUGCGUGACGGAAAUUGGGGCACACAACAGACGCCCUCCGUGGUCUGUACAACUGGGGCAACCGACACCUCCCGAUGCUGUGCAUUUAACAGCCCCAAUGCCCUUCGAAUCUAUUGAGCCUUGACUAUCUUUGAUAUCUUGAUGUUUAGUUGAAUUAUCCAUGUACAGGAAUUAGUGCUGAUAUCUUCCUAAUGAAACUUGUAACCUUUUUCGA